UGUCAUUUUCUGAACUACAAUACCCAUGAAGCACUUGCGGUCAUAACAGCCGUGCCAAACGUUCCACUCAAAGAAGCCGGCAUUUUAAAUCGUUCUGCGAUAUGAGGUGUCAUUUCCUGUAGCCCACCAUGGCACCGGGGGAUGUGGUGCCAGAGCAUGCCAAACAGCAGAAGUCCAAGGAGAAACGUCCAGGAAACAAGGCGCCAAAGUCAGAAUGUGAGGCGGACGGAUCAUUUGUGUUUGAGGCUCACGAAGCCUGGAAGGAUUUCCAUAACUCUCUCAGGCAUUUCUACGAAGUCGGCGAGCUGUGUGACGUCACGCUGAAGGUUGGCAGUAGGUUGAUACCGUGUCACAAGUUAGUUCUAGCUUGUGUUAUCCCCUACUUUCGGGCAAUGUUCCUAUCAGACAUGUCUGAAGCCAAACAGGAGCUUAUAGAGAUUAAAGACUUUGAUGGAGAUGCCAUCCAGGACCUGGUGCACUUCGCCUACUCCUCCAAACUGACUUUGACCGUCGACAACGUUCAGCCGCUGCUUUAUGCCGCCUGCAUCCUACAGGUUGAGUUGGUUGCCAGAGCUUGCUGUGAGUACAUGAAGGCCCACUUCCACCCCACCAACUGCCUGGCAGUGCGAACCUUCGCAGAGAGCCACAACCGAGUGGACCUGAUGGACAUGGCUGACCGCUACGCCUGCGAGCACUUCACCGAGGUGGUGGAGUGUGAGGAUUUCACAUGCGUGUCGCCCCAACACCUGCGCACGCUCUUGUCCUCUUGUGACCUCAACAUCCACUCAGAGACACAAGUGUACAACGCAGCUGUGAAGUGGCUGAAAGCGAACCCACAGCACCAUGAAGCCUGGCUGGACCAGAUCAUGUCUCAGGUGCGGCUCCCGCUGCUGCCCGUGGAGUUUCUGACGGGAACCGUGGCAAAAGAGGAGAUGAUCAAGGGGAACCUGGACUGCCGUGACCUGAUGGAUGAGGCCAGGAACUACCACCUCCACCUGAGCAACAAGGUGGUUCUGGACUUCGAGUAUUCUGCCCGUACCGUCCCACGGAGGCACACCGCAGGGGUUCUGUUCUGCGUCGGGGGACGGGGAGGUUCUGGAGACCCAUUUCGCAGCAUCGAAUGCUACUCCAUUACUAAAAACAGCUGGUUCUUUGGCCCUGAAAUGAACAGCAGACGCCGUCACGUGGGUGUGAUAUCUGUCGGAGGUAAAGUGUAUGCCGUCGGCGGCCAUGAUGGCAACGAACAUCUGGGGAAUAUGGAGAUGUUUGAUCCGCUCACCAACAAGUGGAUGAUGAAAGCCUCCAUGAAUACCAAAAGGAGGGGAAUAGCACUGGCAGCUCUCGGCGGUCCCAUAUACGCCAUCGGAGGUCUCGAUGACAACUCCUGCUUCAACGACGUAGAACGUUACGACAUCGAAAACGACAGCUGGAGCGCCGUGGCUCCGAUGAACACGCCCAGAGGAGGAGUUGGAUCUGUGGCUUUGGGGAACUAUGUGUACGCAGUGGGAGGAAAUGAUGGCGUGGCGUCACUUUCCAGUGUGGAGCGGUUCAAUCCCCACCUCAACAAGUGGACGGAGGUGUGCGAGAUGGGCCAGCGGCGCGCCGGGAAUGGCGUCAGCAAACUCAACGGCUGCCUCUACGUUGUCGGUGGCUUUGACGACAACUCCCCCCUGAGCUCCGUGGAGCGCUUUGACCCCCGGAUGCACCGCUGGGAGUACGUGGCAGAGCUCACCACCCCGCGCGGUGGAGUCGGGGUCGCCACCGUGAUGGGCCGAGUGUUUGCAGUCGGGGGGCACAACGGGAACAUUUACCUGAACACGGUGGAGGCUUUUGAGCCGAGGAUGAACAGAUGGGAGCUGGUGGGCUCCGUGUCCCACUGCCGAGCCGGAGCCGGAGUGGCCGUGUGCUUGUGUCACGUCAGCCAGAUCAGGGACGUCGGCCAGGGCUCCAGCAACGUGGUCAACUGCAUGUGACGACCGCCCCGCGUUUGACAAGGUGACCGACCGCAGCGUCACCGUCAGAUCCAAUCGCAGCACAAAGCACACGGCGAGCGAAGCUACUACUCGCCUUCACACCGAAGGCCGAUGUUCGGUCAGCACACCGUAUCCGAGGAUGAUUAGGGAAAAAUAACAGACUUGAAUUAAAAAAAAA